AUGAAGUCUAUUAAAUUGUGUGUUGAUGUGCCAUUAGAAGAGAAGAAAUUGGAAGAAAUAGUUAAUGUUGCUAAAGAUUUUGCUUUGAUAAAUGGCAUUUCAAUGCAUUCAAACAAGUGUUUCGAUCGUAAUUGUGUUAAGAUAUCAAAAUUUACACUGAUACCAACGAGCUUUCCGAGAUGUGAAUUUGAUAAGGCUAAAAAUAUACAAGUUACUAUUAAUAAGUUAAUGCAUAAAGUAGCUUAUGAUGAUGAGUUCCUUACAGAAACUUUACAAAGUACCAUUAAGGCUGAUGAAUUCACCAUGGAAUUAUUCAAUGUGUACAAAAUUGUCUUCAAGGAAGGAUAUGCGCAGGAACACAGUUUGGGAUUAUUUAGAUCAGAUUAUUUGUUAAACAGUGAUUUGAAUAUUAAACAAAUUGAAUGUAAUACAAUUUCAUCAAGUUUUGCGGGAUUAGCACCAGUUGUUUCUAAAUUACAUAAAUAUGUACUAUCACAACUAGGUCAGGCGAAUAAAAUUAAAAAUAUACCAGAAAAUAAUUCAACAGUAGGCUUUGCCAGUGGAUUGACCGAAGCCUGGAAAAUUUACAAUAAUAAAGAAUCUGUGAUAUUAUUCGUCGUUGAAGAAAUAACAUAUAACAUUUGCGAUCAACGAGUUAUUGAACAUGCGAUUCAUGAUAUUAAUCCAGAAAUAAAAGUUAUCAGGCGUACGUUUAACGAAUUAAUUAAACAGGCACAGCUUAGACCGAACAAAGAAUUAUUUGUCGAAAAUCAUUUAGUGUCUGUUGUGUAUUAUCGUACCGGUUAUGAAUCCUCGGCAUAUACAUCUCAAGAAGUAUGGAAAGUCCGUUUACUUAUGGAACGUUCUCGGGCAAUUAAAUGUCCAUCGAUACAAUAUCACUUAGCAGGUACCAAAAAAGUCCAACAAGCUCUGGCGCAACCUGAUGCAUUAAAACGUUUUCUUAAUGAAAACGAAAUUACACUCGUACGUCAAGUAUUUGCUGGUUUAUAUUCUUUAGACUUUGACAAAAAUGGUGAUCAAGCUGUGGAAUUAGCGAUAUCAAAUCCAGAAAAAUUUGUGAUGAAACCGCAACGCGAAGGUGGUGGUAACAAUAUUUACGGAUUAAAUGUCAGGACAUCUUUAGAGUCAAUGAAAAAUUCUAAAACACGUACUGGGUAUAUUCUUAUGGAGUAUAUUGAUGCACCACGAGAGAAAAAUUAUCUUCUAGGUCCCAACGAGGAAAAAAAUUGUUUGCAAGAACUUAUUUCGGAGCUGGGAAUUUACGGAAUAAUUAUAGGGGAUCAAAAUAAUAUUAAAAUAAAUAAUGAAGUAGGACAUGUGUUACGCACUAAACCAUUCGGAGAAGACGAAGGUGGAAUAAUUGCUGGUGCUGGUGGACUUGACAGUCCUUAUCUUGUUGAAUAA